GCGCUUUAAUAAACGCACGUCGUUCCAUAUUUUCGCCGAUUUUCAUUUCGCGAUCGUGACAUCGGUAUUAGUUUUUUCAAUGUUUUUUUGUGACGUCAAAUAUACGAUUUUGUGCCAAAUUUUUGGAUUUCAUGGAUUUCAUAAUUGAAUUAAAAGGAUUUUCCUUAUAAUUAUCAAUAAAUUUACAAAUUUAAUAGUGUAGCUAUAAUCAAUCUAAAAUAGCUAUAAUGCUAAAGUUUAACUCAGUUAGCAUAAUAAUUCGGACUUGAAAGAGUUAGAUUUUCAAGAAAAGUUAUGGGACAAAAAGUGAGUAGUUGCUGCAAGUGUUCUUCAAAUAAAGGACGUCGUCUAGCUUGUUGCGAAAACUCUUCGCAAGGGUCGAAAGAUGACGCUCCGAUCGCACCUGAUCGUCGCCGACGACUCCAAAUCACCGGCAACACUGUACAGCUCGCUCUGGAUAACAUCCAGAGGGCGGAUGCUGGAAUCUACAGGGUGACUGCAACAUCGCCCACCGGUACGACCUCGCGCGACCUCGAACUCCGAGUCGGCCAAGGACCGGAUCCAGAUUUAGACGACGAACCUCCAGCCUUCCUCAGGCGACUACACGACCUCUCGGUAAAGGUCGGCACGAGGACGAGGUUCCUGGUGGAAAUACGAAGCAAUUCCGAUGUCACGAUAAAAUGGUUGAAAAACGAUCAACCAGUAAAUGAAGGCGAAAGAUACCGAUUGGUAAACGAAGGCGGGUUCCAUUGCGUGGACGUGGCACCAGUAACAAACGAAGACUCUGGAAAGUGGAUCUGCGAGGCGCGAAACCUGGUCGGACUGGCCAGCUCUAGUUGUUACCUCAAUGUACUUGUACCUAAAACCUACAAAGCUCCAGAAUUCAUUGAAGGCCUCAAAGCCAUCCUCACCGACCAAGGUACCGUUGCUCUCGAAUGCAAGGUAGUUGGAGUACCAACGCCGCUCCUACGAUGGUUCAAAGAUGGCAAAGAAAUUCGACCGGGAGACGUGUUCGCGCUUACAGUGGACCCCAACGAAGAUCCCACAUCGCUGGGUACUUACCUGUGCGAAGCUACCAAUUGCAUGGGUACUUCUACAUCUAGCUCUAGAGUACACGUAGUGGAAUCUUCAAGUAAAUCGAGGAUAACAGGAAGUCCGAUACCUAUAGGACCUCCACCGAUAUUUAUACGAGAUUUGACAAACGACGAAAUUAAAAUUGGCGAUCCUUUAUGUUUAUCUUGUCAAGUGUCUGUACCUCCUUGGCCCAAAUCAAUAAGUUGGUACAACUCGCAAGGGAAAAUUGACGAGCAAAUUCCCAACAGCAGGUAUAAAUGCUUGGCAGAUGGUAUAGGAGGAUACAUGCUGGAAGUGCGCCCAACAGAAGCCGAAGACCAAGGCGAAUGGAAAAUUGUAGCUACCAGCUCAGAAGGCGCCAUUUCCAUUUCAACGUGUGAUAUAAAUAUGAUAAUUCCAAAACACUUUAAAAAACCAAGAUUCUUGGACACAUUAAAGGCAGUAUUAACCGAAGAAGGUUUAGUAUCUUUCGAAUGCAAAGUAGUUGGUUCGCCAACUCCAUUACUCAGAUGGUUCAAAGACGGCCAAGAAUUGAAACCAGGAGACGUUUAUCAGUUAACAGGCACCAACUCUUUAGGCUCGUAUUGUUGCAUAGCUAAAAACUGCAUGGGUGAAGCUCGUAGCUCAGCAGAAUUAACCGUAGAAGACAUUGAAAGUCAGCUGAGUGACGAGGAAAGAGCUCAGCUGAUAUCAGCUAGUCAAGCUCCUAAAUUCCUACACGGCUUGCAAAGUAACGAAGCAAAAAUCAAUGAAAACUACAGAUUUACUAUACAUGUCAGCGCCACAACACCCUUAGCAACUCUGGCUUGGUAUAAAGAUGACCAGCCAGUGGAAAACGACCCAGAAAAAUACACAGUAGUCAGAGAUCAUUUGGGAAUUUGCCACUUAGAUAUAAGACAACUAGAAUUCAAUGAUCAAGCUGAAUGGAAAUGUGUAGCCACCAAUGAAUUCGGACAUUCAGUAACGUCAUGCUUUCUAAGACUAAUCAUUCCAAAACACUUUAAAAAACCUAAAUUCUUAGAGUGUCUUCGUGCAGUACUUUCCGAAGAGGGCGCAGUCAAUCUAGAAUGCAAAGUCAUAGGAGUACCGCAACCGACCCUCAAAUGGUACAAAGACGGUGUAGAGCUCAAACCCGGCGACAUACAUCGUAUAACUUCAGGCGAAGAUGGUACUUGUUGCCUGGGUACUUACACUUGCGAAGCUAGAAAUUGUAUGGGGAUUGUAGCUAGCUCUGCCUCAUUGUUAGGCUUUGAAGAUCAAAAAGCUAGACAUCAAGAGCGUGUAGAGUUAGCCAGAGAACCAUCGUUGUCUACUAUACAUGAAGAAAGAACGUCACAAAUGUAUGAUACUGCUGGAGAUCAAUCGUUGACGAUUGGUACUGGAGAAGUAUCAUUUUCGUUUGAUGGUAAAGAAGUUUCAGUGUCCUUAUAUGAAACUCCAGAUUUAACUGAAGAAGAAGCAUUGCAAAUAGUUGAAAUGUAUGCCGAACAAUUGUCUGAGCAAGUCUCGGAACACAACAUUGUUGAAUUGCCUCCGUUGAGAUUUACCAAAGAGUCUUCUACUUCUGGCAAUUUAUUAAUGGAAGCUGUAGUUGUAGACGUUUCAGAUGACUAUUUUGUAGCUGCAGAAGAAGAUUUGAGAACUGAAGCCGACGUGGAAGACAUUUGUUCUAUAACAGAGCACCUCACUUCGGAGAAACUUAAAAUUGAUCUCACUUCUAGCAGUGGGGAAACUCCUAGAAGACCACCAAGAAAAACAGACUCACAAAAAAGCCAAAGUUACUAUAGUCUUUCGAAAAAUAUUUCUUUGGAUUCUAAUAACGAGAGUCUUGCAGGAGCGGCUGAGUUGGACAGUGAGAGUUAUGGUGACUUUGAAAGUGCUAUGAGUUCAGAAAAGAAUCAGCUUGAAGAAGAUAAUAUGGCCUUCCAGGUUGCUGCAAUAACCGAAACCACAAGUCUCCCAGAUGACGACGCAUUACAAGACGAAGCUAGAAGGCCACUAACCCCAAGAACAACUCACGAAAUUGGCUCAGAUUUAAGAGUCAAUCUAACCGAGAGUCAAGAAAUUAAGAGACGCAAAAGACGAACUUCACAAAGCUCAGAUGAAAUAUCCAAAGACGGUUUUAGACGGGGAACUUUACGACAAGCCGCUAGCUUGGACUUGCCAGAUGCUCAACGUGAUUUGCAAGGAGAAGAAGGAGAUGGUCUUGUAAUAGAUCCAGAAGUACGCGAAGCAAAAGAAAAGGACCUAAAACAAGAAGAAUCUUACGUCAUAGCACAACUAAAGCAAUCCUUGGACAAUCUUCAAAUGAAACUUUCCACGGUCCUAGAAGAUAUUGUGGCUCAGUCAGCUUUAAAGUCCACUUCAGCUGCAGCUGACAGAAGCUUGGACGUUCUCAAAAGCAUCACGCAACCUAUUCAGGACAUCCAAACUGUAUUUGAAAGUUUGGACCAAAAAGAAGCUGCGGAAAUAUCCAUAGUUGAGCUUUUGGCUCCACCAAUUUUUGAUUUACAAAAGAGCCUUGGGCUUGUAGAAAAAUGCGUCGCAAUGAAAGGACGCGAGCAUACGUUGAUCCAGAAAACUUGCAAUAAUAUUUUAGAGAAUGCUGGUGUUGAUUUGUUGGAGAGUUUGGAGAGUGUUGAGAAGAUCACUUUGUUGGAAAAGGAAUUGGAUAGAACCAAGGCAUCUGGAAGGAUAACUCCUUCAAAAAUAAUUCAGGAAGUUUGCAUUACUUUGAAAGAAAUCAAAAACGAGUUAAGUAAGUCUGAGUUGAUUAUAAAAGAAGGCAAAUUUGCACAGAAACAGGAAGUUUCUAGUACUUCUGAGUCUGUGGUAAAAGAUGUCAAUAUUUUGUCCAAGUUUUUAAAUCCAACUUUACAGAUCAAAGAAAAUCUGGAAAGUCUGGAACGUACUAUCGCCUACGAAGAUUCAGACACAAUGUACACUCACCUAGGCGAAGUUAUUCUAGAAAAACUUGGAGAACCAAUAAAAACCCUUUUAAAAGAAACCAAAGAAACUGAAAAACAAGCUAUGCGCUUCGCUGGAGAAAAAUCCGUAGCUCAAGAGCUACGUCUUGCUAUCCUAGACAAAAUAUCCACUCCAGUGAGUGAAAUAUCCAGAGGCUUGAACGUAAUCAAGAACCAAGAACCGGGAGACCGGCACUCCGGAGUGAUUUGCAUAAACGUCCUGGAAAACUUUGCAGGAGCUAUUGAAGACGUUCUGGGAGCUCUGAUUAAAAUCCAGGCAAACGUUGGCUCUCCAGAGUCAUCAGAGCCGAAAGAGGAGAUUUUCAAAGACGUUUUUGAACGAGUUAGCGAGAUUGUGCUUACUGAUACGUCACAGGCAGUUGGAGACUUGUUGUUCAAUAUAGAAACAGCUGAGAGGAAUAUCAGUAAUACUACAAUUUUGGAAAGCUUGAGACAAUUGGCAACGUUACAAAAGGAAUUGGCUGCAACUGUUACAAAAGUUAAUGAACACAUAAACGAAGCUACAAUAUCAGCUUUGGAGAAUCUUAGCCAACACAUUAACCUACUUAAUAACUUCCUUAUGGAUCUAACUCCAUCUAGUGACGUGUCAGCACUAAGAGAAUGCGGAGCUGUUUUAAACAUCCUAGAAGAAGGAAUUGUCAAUGACGAAGCUCUAUUGGAACUGGAGGAAAUAUUUAGCAGCCUAAAAAACAGAGUGAAUUCAGUGCGCAGCAACAUCCUGGAAUUACAAGAGCAGCCACAAGAAGUUGCAACCACAUCUGUUGUGAUUUUGGAAGAGUCCUCCGAAACAGUGGUUCCUGAAGCAAUUUUAGAAGACACCAAAAAGACGUUGACUGAUUUGCAAAGAAUAUCUUCUAAUCCUGGAGCCAGGAUUGUAUUGGAUCCUUUGUUACCGCAUGCGAUAGCUCUUUAUGAGAUAACUAAUGAGGAGUUAUUGAGGAAGAAUAAAGAAGAACUUACUGAAGAAGAUAGGGCACGUUUACAGCAUUGUGUGCUUCCUCUUGAGAUUAUUGAAGACAGAAUAAUCGAAGCACUAGAUUUCGUCAUGCUAACUCCUGCAAUACCACAACGAUCAGACCUCAAAACACUCCUGGAACAUCUCCAAUAUAACGUGGCAGUGAUGCACCAACAAGUUAUGGAUGAAACCCACACAGGUGAUUCCUCAGAUAGUUGCCUGGAUAAUUUGAAAAAAUCGAUUGAAUCAAUACAAAAUUUAUCUGUGAUGACUGAAGAAGAGUUUCUUCAAAAUCCUGAAACCGGAAAGAUUCUAGUCGAAAACGUAGCUCAUUUGGAAAGGAGUUUGGGCAUGCUUUAUGAGACUGCCAUGUCGCAAGGCAUGGACCAAGUACCUCCAGAAUUAUUUCAAGUGGCCUCAGAAGUGACUCAAUGCGUUGACCAGCUGAAACAAUCCCCAUUAUUCGAACAACAAGAUGAACCAAUAAUAACCAUAGAAGAUAUUGCUCAGCUACACACUCUAACACCAGUUUUAGCUAAACUCAGCAACACUAUCGAUAAUAUCCAGCAAGAUGACGAACUGAGACGUGAAGCUUUUAUAGCUAUCCGUCAGCCUUUAAUUCAAAUAGCUGAAAUACUCGAACACGUGCCAGAAGACUUGAAAAUCAAGCUGUUCACUCUACACCAGCCCCUUCAAAAUGCUAUAGAGAUUAUUAGCUUAGAACAGCAUAAUUUUGAUAUAAAAAUUGAAGACUUUGAGCAACUUAGAGCUAUUGGAGAUGUAGUUUCUGAGCUAGUUGAAAGUAUUAUAAACAAAAGCAAUUUCAAUGAAAUAGCUCAAGAGCUAGCAUCAAAGAAUUCUAAUUUGAUUAAUGUUUUGGAUAACGUUGAAACUUUAAGCCUCAUGGAUAUAGCUUAUUCGAUACGAGAGUUUGCUGAUUCAGUUGAGCAAGUUACUCAAGGAUUUGCCAAUGAAGAAUCAAUUAUGGAAGAAGAAAUUUGCUUUAAAAGUUUAGAGCCUUUAAGAAACACUCUAGAAAGUCUUAAAGUAGCCAAAAAUCUUGAUCAGCAACAAGCCUUGAUUACUGAAAUGUCUGAGGUACUAAGAAUAGUUGCUUCAAGUGAUAUUCAAGAAGAAAAUAUUGAAGCAACUGAUAAUGCUUUAAAUAAGUUAAGUAAGGCCGCUGAAAUCGUAAUCAACAAAGAAGAACUUCCACUAGAAAUUCUUCAAGAUACUUUACAGGGCCUUGAUGAUAGCCGUAGGGUUAUAGCUCCACUUGUAGUACCUAUUCAAAGAGUCACAAGGACUUUAACAAAAGUUUUAUUGGAGAUACUCGAUGAGAAAACGUCUGCAACUAAAAGUAUUGACGAUUUACGAAGUACCAUUGUUUUAGUUGAAGCUACAAGCUCAAUUACUAAAAAACAGGCUAUCAUAAAUGAGCUGAAUAUUGUCUUGAAAACUAUUGAAUUUGAAAAUGUUAAGGCAGAAGAAUUAGUUGAAAUGGUUUCAAUAGCUUUGGCAGAAGUUGCAGUAAUGGAACCUUUGACUGUGGAAAUCAUAAAUAGUUCUGUUGAAAAGAUUGAUUCGGUAUUGGAGAGUAUGGAGCCUCAACAACCUUUGAGUGUAGCUCUGGAACAAAUCAAAACUAUCCUAAUUGAAGAAGCUGAAGUUAAAGUUAUUAAGGAACGUAGACAGAGAAGGCUUGAAAAAGUAAAAGCCUAUGUUAUAGAAUUGGAAAUCGAAGAUAUUCAAGUUCCUUUGAUAGAAUCGAUAAAUAAUCUUAUAGAUAAUGCCCAGAAAGCAAUAUUGAACGAAGAUUUACCAAAUGAGCUGGAUAUUGUUUUGGAAACUGUCGAAGAACUAGCUCAAUCUAUUUCUGAAAAAAGAGAAGUUAAAGAGACUAUGGAAAAAGCUAAAGUUGUUUUAGAAACUGUGAUAGUAUCACCAGAAUUCAUGCCAGAAAUUUUAGCUCUAAAUUCAAGCAUUUCCCAAGCAUUGAUGCCUAAGGAAACAUUUAAAGCCUCUACCGAACAAAUCAUCAAAUGCUUAGAGCUACUUAGAGCAGAAAAUAUUGAACAUAGUUUAGUCAAUGAGCUUCAACAGGUUCAAGAAGUCUUGGAUGAAAACAAUUUUGAGAAAAUCGAAGAGAAAGUUGCCAUGGAAGAAUUUUCAGGUAUUAUAGCUGAUGCUUUAAGUUACGUGCUACCAUCUACUGACGCAAAUGUAGCUGAGUAUUUGAUAGAACAUUUACAAGAAUCUGCUCCACUGAUGUUUAAGUCUUUAAUAGAGAAUUUAAAAGAAUUUGCCAAAGCUAGGAUUAAGCAUAACGUUAUAAACAAAUUAGGAACUACUUUAAAAGAAGCUCAAGAAUUGAACAUAGAAGAUCAAAUAAAGGAAUCAAUUGUAAAGGAGUUGAUUAUGAUUGUUUCAACUAUUGAUUUGGAUAUUAAGGAGAUUUCUUCUAAAAAUAUUAGCAAUGAUGAGCUCAAUUACUUGGUAAAGGCUCAAGAAAUUAUUUCAAAGAUCAACGAAUUCAUUAAUAAUGAGUCAACGUCAAGUGAACAAAUUUUGGAUGAAAUUACUGAGUUUUUAAAUGGCAACCAGAUUGAAUCAACAGCUGACAUAAUUCAGCACACCAGCUUACUAAUAUCACAAACCCAAAACACCUUAAAACAAGCUAAACAGCUUGAAGCUGAUCAUUUCAAUGUGAAACUCCAAAAAAUCGAAAAAGUUUCAGAGUCUGUGCAAACCUUGGCUAGAAAUAUAGCUGCAAUAAAUGCACAAAAAGAACGUGUUUUAGCUGUGCAAAAAUCCUUGUAUCCUCUACAGAUGUAUUUUAAUGAUCUUAUUGGAGCUAAUUUAAGUGAAACUGACUUGAAGAUUUUAGAGAAUUUAACUGAAGUAUUUGAGGAUAUUAACGCUUUUAUCAAAGCUCCUCAAGAUAAGGAACAAGUUAAAGUACUUUUGAAUGUGUUGAUUGAAGCUACAAAAACUGUAGAGCAAAAUUCGACUGUUGGAAAUAUUACUGGUUUAUUCAAUACUUUGAUAGAAGAGCUUCCAGCUAUUGCAGAAGAUCUAUGGAAAGUUCAAGGGGAGAAGGUAAAAGAAAAUAUGGCCAAAUUGUGCUUAGUGGAAGAAGACUUAGAUUUAGUCAAAGAUAAAUUAGAAAAUUAUGAGGCAAAAUGUGAAGCUUACUUAAGUCAAGAUGAGAAGGAGAUUAUUGGAGAUUCUAGAAUGCUCAUAGAAAAAGUACAAGAAGCAUUUAUAGAAAAGAAGGAGCUAAAUGUUGAAGAGGAAGCGAAAAAUGUGGAAACCAAGUUGGAAAAUAAACAAGGUCCUGUGGUUACCAUGUCGAGGAAUAUUUUGGAGAUUUGUAGGAGAGUGGCUGGAUAUUUGAAGAGAGAAAUUGAAGAAAAGGCAGGAGCGAUAAAGGUAGAAGAAAAAAUAGUUGUCGCUUCAAAAGAACAAGAUGGUAUCGAAGAAACAGUAAGGGCUUCGGGAUCUUCAGAAGAAGCAGGUUUAACAGUGAUAGAAGUUUCAGCUGUAGCUUCAACAGAACUUCGAGAAGGUACUAAAGAAGCAGAAAUUGGAUCUCCAGCUGUGACCUUACAAGAAAUUUCUAAGGAAGUUGCAGAAGAAAUAGCAGCAGAUGAUACACGAAAAACUGAAGUACUUCUAGAAGAAGUUGAAGGAAAAGAAGCUGCAGUGCUAAUUGAAAAAGCUUCAGAAAUUGUUGAAAUAGACAGUCUACAAUCACAAAUAGCUGGAGUCGAAACAAAAACUGACUCAGGCGAGAGUGAAAUAAAAAUUGAAGCUAAAGACGCUGAUAAAGCCGGAGGAUCUGCACAAUUACUUACAGAACGAAUGGUUGAAGAUACCAAAGCGUCUGAAGAGCAAAUUAAAAUCGAAACAGAUCAAAAAAUUGAAGAAAUCAAAGGAGCUGGUACCGAAGGAAAAAUUCUGGAAGCUAUCAAAGAACCAGAUCCUGCUAAGAUAAUGGAGAGUGAUCAAACAAUUGAAGGGACAAGUUCUACAACUAGCAAAGACUCUCAGAGAAUUGAAGAUUUUAAAGAAUCACCCACUGUUGAAGAAAAAAUUGUAGAAACUGUAAAACCUGAAGCAAAAUCGGAUGAUGAUCAUAAAGUCGAAACUGCUACUAAGGGCGAUGAAAAAGCUGAGACAUCUCAAAAAAUCAAAGAAAUUGAAACACCUGCUUCCAUUAUCGAAGAAAUUCCAGCAUCUCAAAUAAUUUCAGAUAUGCUGGAGAAACCUACAGAACAAGCUGAACCUUCAGAACAAGCUCAAACUUCAGAACCCCAAAAAUCCGACUCAAAACAAGACGAACCAGUCCUCACUUCACUCAAAUCUCUCAAAGUAGCAAUUACCUUAAUCGAACAGCAACCUCUAUCAGAAGAAAAACGUGCUGCAGUCAAAGAACUUGAAAAAUCCAUUACAACAGACACUGAACAUCUCCAAACUGCCUUACAAACUGUAGAUCUACAACAGCUGACGCCACAAGAGCAAAGUGCUUUAGUAGUUGCUGAAGAAACUUUAUCAGAAAUUUACAAUUUGAUCGGUAACAGCCAAGAAGCGGCAGCUGAACAAGUUGUAGAAGCGGCAACAAUUGAAACUACUAAAAAAAUGAUUGAAGACUUACGUUUAGCUGUUGUGGCCACACCAAAAGACUCUAAAAUACGUGAAGUGAUAGAGCCUUUGGAACAAACAAUGAAAAACGCUGUUAAUCUAAUGGAAACCAUUGCUAUUGAAAAAGACUUCAAGCACAAGCUAUCAGCAUCAAUUAAAGUAAUACAAGAAGCAGUUUCUAGACUAAAAACAGCUGGAAAACUUUCUAAAGCAAAACUCAGCAAUAUAGCUAACAUCGAAGCUGCGUGUUCUAAAUUACUAGAAAGCCUGGAAGGUCUACAAGUCCAAGUUGACGUAGAACAAAAAGUCGUUGACCUAGCGAACGAUUGCUUAGGUAUUGGAAACGAAUAUUUGGAAAUUUUUGCCAAGAGACCAUUUACAACCAGAGUUCCUAGCAAAAGUAUUUCAGAAAAAUCCCAAGAGUUCAAAGUAGCCAUACAAAGCGUACCAAAAGACUCAAACUUGGUUCAACUGAGAGACAUAAUUGAAAGCCUUGUGGACAACGUUCUAGGAUUAUUGAAGCCUGAAACCCCUCCACCAAGCAUCCCUUGCAAACCUCUACAGUUCUUACAAAACUCUUUGAGGAAUUUGCAAGAGUCUCUAAGCAUUUCGGAGCCAAGUUCUGAAAAUAGAUCCAGAAAAAUCCUUGUAGCUGAAUUGCAAAGACCUGUAACCACUCUUCAGUUUAUUGCUAGUACAAUUUUAGAAGAGAAAAAAGAUAGAUUAGGAGCUUCUGAUAUAAAUAUCCUCAAAAGCGCUAAUGAUGUUAUCAAUAAAUUAUUAACAAUUGUGGAGGAAAUCGAAUAUAAGCCUUCAAGCGACCAAGUAUUGAUUGUAGACGAAUGUAGAGACCAAUUAAAAACUCUAUUAGCUUGCAUUAAUCAAGAAUCACAAAUAAAAGACUUUAUAGAUCCACUACAAGAUUUUUUGAAGAGUGUUGAAAAGGCGUUGGAGAAGGCUUUAAUUAAUGAUCAAGAAGAACGUGAAAAGAAGCAAAGAGUAUUGAAAGGGCUUAAUAAGGCCUUGGAGAAGCUGGAUUUGAAGCUACAAGAGGUAGAGCAGCCAGAAUUGAAACUUAUUGUAUAUCAAGAGCUUCAAAAGCCCUUGAGAAGUAUUAUAGAUACGAUUAAUCAAGAAUCUAUUGUAUCAAAUCAAGAGUUGGAUAGUUUACAGAAACUGGCUGAAAAUAUAGAAGAACUUAAUGAUAAUUUCAAUGACAAUUUAAGCGAAAAGCUUCAAGCUUUACAUGAAAACUUAUCAGACAUUAUAUCAAUUAAUGAACAAGCUAAAGACCUCAAAGCUCCUGAAGCUCCUCAAACUCUAGCUGAAUCAAUAAAUGAACCUUUAGAGGAGCUUCAAAGAGCUUUAGAGCUGACUCAUGUAGUGAAUAAACCUAAAACGCUUGAAGACAUUAAUGCUUUAAAACAGCUAAACAAUGCAGUUAAAGAGUUGCUGAGUUUUGUCGUAGUUGCCAAGCAUAUAACUGAAGGCAACAUGAACUUGUUCAGUAAUUUUGUAGAACCUUUAGAAGACUUGCAAAUAGCUUUAAGUGAUUGCUCAGAAGCCAAAAUUAAAGACGAAGAGUUGAGCAUUUUAGAAGCAAUCGCCAUUCGUUUGAAGCAAAUUUAUAAGUCCAGAGAGGCUUUUAAGGAUUUGGACAUUGAAAAUUUCUCCGAAGAUAUUGACGAUCUGCAAAACAAAUUGAUAACAGUUUGCAUGAAGGCUGUUUACGUAGCUGAUAAACAAAAAUCAAUAUUGCAGAAGCUUCUUAGGCCUUUAGAGAAUAUUUCCAAGGCGGUGGUAGUGAUGCAACGUGAACUGGCUUCGAGAAAUGCUUUGAAGAAGAUUUUGAACAAAUUUGUAGCUAGUAGCCAGAAAAUUGAAGACAAAAGUAUUAGAGAAUCUAUUCAAAAGGUUUCCGAAGCGUUCCAAGAGCAAACCAAUCCAGAAACUGCUUUACAAGUUGUAGAAGCUUGUAGAUCUCAACUACGGGAAUUAUUAACUUCAAUUAAAUCUUCAAAGAUUGCUUCAGUUGCUAAUUUACAGGGUUGUGUAGAUGAAUUAUUGAGGCAACCACUCGAGUGUAUCAGUAUAAAUCAUUUAUACAAAUUAGUAGAUUGUAUAGUAGAUUUAACUGUAGUAGAACCAAGUGCAACUUCAGUGCAAGAAACUAUAGAAAUCAUGAAAACCAACCUAAAGUCUGUUGAAAAAGCUAUUGUAGAAGAACAACCUGAAGCCUCGAAGGCUGCAGUAACAAUUUUAGAGCUUAGAGAGCCUGUCAAGUCACUAGAAGACAAUAUAAUUGAUAUUUUUGAUGCUGAAAUAUUGCAAGGAGUGCAAACUUCAUUAGAAAAAUUAUCUAAAAUUAUUUUAACAGUAGAAGCAGUUCUACAUAAGCCUGCUGUAACAAAAGUAGAACAAGCAGAACUCAAAAAAGCUAUACAAGGCUUUAAAGAUGCUAUUGAAGUUAUUGAAGCCCAGCCUGAAUCACAACUUCAAGUUGUGGAACCUUUAAAAGCCUUACAAGCUAAAGUAGAAGAGCUAGAUGAAGAGUUGUUGGUGGAAACUUCUGCUGGAAAAGAUUUGAGUAUUUUGAAGGACAAUCAAAUAGAGACUUCAAAAUUGUGUGGCCUCAUCAAAGAUGUAUGCAAUGAAGGCUCUAAAUUAGAGGUAUUUUUGGAGCUUCUGGAGCCGUUGGACUAUUUACAAGAUUGCCAACAGAAUCUACUUAACCUUAUAGGGGGUGAAUUGGUAGAAGACCUCAAGGAUGAUGAAAAAUCUAAUUUGAGCAACAUCAGUGUGGAAUUUAAGAAUUUGUUUCAAAUUGUAGAUGAAUUGAGUUUCGAAGCUGAGAGAAAAAAUGAUAAGGUUGUUGUAGAGCUGGAGCAACUUAAAAAAGCUGUAGUGGCAGUUAAAAAUUCUACAAGUGCAACUUUGGAGUAUAUUCAAGAGCCUGUGAAGCUGUUGAUUGUUAAAAUAGAUCAUGUGAUUGAAAAACUCAAUGGGGAAAUCGUUGUAGAAGCUGUAGGAGAUAAAGAAGUUGUAGAAUCUAAGAAAACUGGAGUUGUGCUAGAAGCUUUAGAGACCAAGGAAGUUGCAGAAGCCAAGGUAACGGAAGAACAGCCUCUGGGACAUAGAGAAGUUGUUGAGUCCAAGAAAAAUGAAGUUUUCCCAUCAGAGACUAAGGAAACGGAAGGAGAGGAGGAUAAGGUACCUAUAGUUACCAAGGAAACUGAAGAAGGUACUGAGCAAACUGUAGAACUUCAAGAAGUGGUAAAAGCGAAGCAGGCUACGGAGUCUAAAGUCGCAGAUGCUAAGAAAGUUGAGAAAGAUACUGAAAAAAGUAAAGAUGUUGAUGUUACAGAGACCCAAAAAGCUGCACAAAUAGAUAUCCAAAAACUGGCAGAACCCCUAAAAAUCCUUUCCCAAGAAAUACAACUUCUAAAACAAAUAAGCCAAGAUCAACAGCUCUCGCCACAACAAGGUGUUUUAUCUAUAAUCGAAAUAGCCGAGGCAGUCGACAAUUUAGAAGCCGCAGUUGAAAAUGAAGCUGUAGACGUGAAAACCCUUGAAAUAGCUCCUGCACUAGAAAAAUUCAGUCUUUUGUUAAGGCAAAUAUCAGCGGAACCUCAAAAAACUCUAAAAAUAGAGCUACCUAAAGUCCAUCAAGCCACAUUAGCACUAAAAGAGGCUAUAGAAAAGGUGGUCAAUCCCAAUUUGGUUGGUACUAAAUUCGAAGUUGUUGAGUUGGCCUUGGAGACUUUAACAGCCAAAUUGGAACACGUUGAAGCUGAUUUGUCUGUAGCUGAAGCAAAAGAGUCACUGCUAGAACCCAUAAAAGUAAUUUCUGAAGAAAUAAAGAUUCUUAAACAACAAACUGAAGAUUUACAUAUCAAACCUCAACAAGGCAUUUUAUCAAUCGUCGAAAUUCAGGAAGCUAUAACUAACUUACAGGAUUCAAUUUCACAAUCUACUGAAUCCGUAGAAGAAAUCGUUGAAAUCAAAGAACCCUUGGAAAAAUUGGGCAUUUUAUUAAGACAAAUUUCCAAUGAGCUUACUAAACCAGAGAUCAGUGAAGUCAAAUUACCAGAGCUUCACCAUGCAGUGGUAGCUUUGAAAAAGUCUUUACACAUUGUGACAAUUAAAUCAAAGUCUUGGAAUAUUAUUGAAGUCUCUUUACAGGCACUUGCAGCUACUUUAAGUCACGUAGAAGGAGAGUUAGCUGCAAAAAUGCCUUUGAAUAUGCUAGCUCAAGAAGUGAAGCUACUAAAACAAAAGAGUGAGGAGCUGCAGCUCAAACCGCAACAAGGAGUAUUGUCUAUUAUUGAAAUAGCUGAAGCUGUAGAUAAUUUAAAAGCCGCUAUUGAAGCUUCGCCUGAAAUAAUGACUAAACUUGCUGAACCAGUUGAAAAAUUGACAAUGCUUAUAAAGCAAAUAUCUACAAAUAUUCAACAGCCUGGUGUUGUAGAAGUUAAGCUGCCAGAAGUUCAACAAGCUGUAUUGGCACUUAAAGAAGCAGUUGAAAAAGUAUCAUGUGAAGCUACAAAUAUAGACGUUGUAGAAAUAUCACUUAAAGCAUUAGUGGCAACUUUAACUCAAGUUGAAGAAGAUUUAAUUGCAAAACUGCCUCUGACAAUGCUGUCACAAGAAGUGAAGCAGUUAAAGCAAAAAAGUGAAGAGUUGCAGCUGAAACCGCAACAAGGAAUUCUGUCUGUUAUUGAACUAGCUCAGGCUGUAGAUGAUUUGGAAGUUGAAAUCAAAGGUUCUCCUGAGCUUGCUGAACCAGUUAAAGAGUUAGCUGUUCUUCUAAGGCAAAUAUCUACAAAUAUUCAACAACCUGAUAUUAUAGAAGUUAAACUACCAGAAGUUCACCACGCUAUAUCCGCUUUAAAAGAAGCAGUUGAAAAGGUCUGUUGUGAACCUGCUAAACUAGAUGUGGCGGAAUUAUCACUUCAAGCUUUAACAGCCACUUUAACCCAAGUUGAAGCCGAAUUGACUGCAAUUAAGUCACCCAUUGAAAAAAUUUCACAAGAAGUUACGCUUCUGAAGCAAAAAAUUGAAGAAUAUGCAGUUGAACCAAAACAAGGAGUUUUAUCCAUAAUUGAAGUAGCCGAAGCUGUAGCAGAUUUGCAAACUUCACUGGAAGAAGCUUCAAAAUGUUCUGAAACUCUGGAAGUUACUGAUGAAAUUAAAGCCCCCAUAGAGAAGUUCAAUAUUUUGCUUAGACAAAUUUCACAUGGAAUCACAACAAGUAAAGCAAAAAUUGUCGAUGUAGAAAAACCAAAGCUCCAGAAAGCUAUUCUAGCACUAAAAGAAGCUGUAUUGAAAAUAGAGAAAACACCAUUUAAAGGUUUGAAGAUUGUGGAUGUGUCUUUGAAGGCACUUACAGCCACAUUGGAACAUGUAGAAGAGAAGCUGAAUAAACCUAUUGAAGCAGGAGAAGCUAAGGCAAAAGGCAAACAAAUCCUUGGAAUAGUAGCUGAGCUUAGCAAAAAGCUAAAUAUUGAAGCUGUAAUUCUUGGAAACAAAUCAAAAGAAGCUGUAGAAGAGGAUGUAGCAUUAGCAAGUGAAAUAAAAGACAACUUAGUAGAAUUAAAUGCAGCUAUAGAAGAAAUGGCCAACGCUGACAAAGAAAUCACCGAAGCUGAUGUUGCAAAUAUUGAAAGCUUGGUUCAACCCCUGGAAAAGUUUUGCGUUGUUAUUAAUGAAGCUCAAAUAGCUGAAACAAUUAAGCCUGAAGUACAAGAAGCCGCAACUGCGUUAAACGCAACCAUUGAUGAAGUAGCCACAGUGGUGUUGAGCCUUAAAGCUCCUCUGACAAGAUUAUCGAAAAAUCUUCAUAAAUUUGGGAGUUAUUUGACGUUGAGACUGCCAACUAAAGAACCAUCCCCUCUUAAAUUACUAACUUUAGAAGUUGAAACUUUGAAGAUGAGUUUUGGAGCUGGUGAACAACAAUCACAAGGCAAUGUUGCCAAUUUGGAGCAGCCUAUAGUUAAUCUUAGUCAAGCUCUAGGUGAAGCUAUCAAGCUUGAUGUUACUCCAGCUGAAGCUGAAUUGGCUCAUAGGAUGGUAAAUCCACUAAAGAAGCUAUGUGAAGCUAUUUUAAGUCAAAGCAAAAACAUUAACGAGGCGGCAAAAGUUUUGAAAUCGACGAUUGAAAAGGGGCUUCAAGUUUUACCUGAAACUCAAUUUGCUAAGAUUAUAGAGCCUUCUUUGAAAGCUUUAAGUGCCUCGCUAGAUGAAAUUAAAGACAAAGAAGUGAUUAGGGAAAUUAGGGUUUUAAAAGAAGCUGUUGAAGAUCUAAAGCUGUCUUCAGAACAAUUGAGUGACAAUUUGGAUGAGCUUUCUUCUGAAGAAAGUCAGAGCUUACAAGAAAUUGUUUCGCCCCUCCAAAAGCUCAAUGCAGUACUUGUGCAACAGCCUGCACAUAUUCAAAAAGCUACAAUCAAAGACUUGGAUAUUGUUGAAGUGAAACAAGCAGUUAUAGCUUUGAAGCAAGUGCUUGAAAGAGUUGAACCAAAAUUAGCUUCAAUUAUUGAGAAAACUCCAUUGAAGUCUUUAUGUGCUUCUUUAUGUGAUUUGUGCGAUAAAGAAGAGUUAAAGGUGGUUGUAAAAACUUUGAAGCAGAAUAUUGAGGAUAUUAAAACAAGUCCUCAAAAUGCUCUUUUCAGUGAGCAACAGUUAGCUGUAGCAGAAGAGACUCUUGAAGCAACUAUAAAAGAAUUGGAGACUGUUGAAGAACUCGCACAAAAAUCUGAAUCAGUUAAAGAAGUUACUGAGGCUCUUGAAAAACUGUCUGAAGUCAUAACGAUCAAAACCGAACCACAAAAAUUUGAAAUGCAACAAGCUCUUAAAGAUGUUAAAGAAUCAAUUGAAAGAGGAGUAAGUAAAUUUGCUGAAAAUACAAAAUUGAAGGUUAUUGAAAGUCAGUUACAAGUUUUGGUUGCUACACUUUCUGAAGUUGAGAUUGAUGAAAUUGAAACGCCAAUUGAAGGUAAAGCCGAAGUGGAAAAGAAAUUCAAAGAGCAAAUUAUUGAUGAAAUUGAAGUUUUAAAGCAAAAUGUUGAAGACCUUCAAAUUUCCUCUGAGUUAAAUCAAUGUUUGGAAACUCUGCAGCAGUUAGACGAAGCUGCUGUAGCACAUGGAAAUGAAAAUAUUGAAGCCAUCAUACAACCUUUACAAAAACUCAAUGCAAUUCUUGUGCAACAGCCCCAAAAAGUUCAGAGAGCUGAAACCAAGAACCUCGAUAAUGCAGAAGUGAAGCUAGCAGUUGUAGCUUUGAAGCAAGCUCUAGAACAAUCGUCUUCAGUUGAAGCUAAAUUAGCUUUUGUUAUAAAAUCUCCUUUGAAUGCUGUAUGUGCCUCUUUAUGUGAAUUAUGUGAGAAAAACGACUUGAAAGUAGGUGUUGAAGCUCUAAAGCAAAACAUUGAAGAUAUAAAAACAAAGCCUCAACAAGGCAUUUUCAGUGAACAGCAUGUUGAAGCCCUUAAGGCCACUGUGGAAGAGUUGGAUGGUCUGCAAGAAGAAUCUACAGCCGAGGCUGCUUCAAUAAAGACAGUUACUGAAGCACUGGAGAAGCUAACUGGAGCUAUGGUGACAGCUGCAGAAACUCCUAAACUAGAAGUCAAACAAGCGCUUGGAGCAAUGAAACAGUCAAUUGCAAGAGAAUUCAAGGAAUUGCCUGAAAGUAGUAAAUUGAAAGUUAUUGAAGAUAAACUGAUGGUUUUGGUUGCUACACUUUCCGAAAUGGAAAUGCAGGAGGAUAAAAUUGAAGCUGAAAACGUUGAAGUAGUAAAAACUGAAGAGGUAAAGUCUGAAGUCAAAGACGCUGACGCAGCAAAGAAAACUGAUGAUGCUGAAAAAAUCGAGCCUGAAGCUGAACAAGAAGCUAUAAAGGUUGCUGUAGAAGAUCAACAGCUUGAAGUAAAAUCUGAAGCUGUGGCUUCAAGACAAAAACAACUAGGAAUCAAAGAAGAAAGAAAUGAUAAAAAAGCAGCAAAAAUAUUACAAGAACCUCUCGAGGCCAUACUCGUCCAACUAAAUGAUCAACAAAUCAUUCUAGAAUCCAUCAUACCUGCUCCAGAACUAAAACAAUCAAUAACCAUUCUCCAAGCUGCACUAAGCCAAAUAGCUUCAAUACCAGAAACCACUGAAGACAUAACAGCUUCAGCAGCUGCACAAAUAAUAGCGAUAAAAGAACCAUUAGAAAUUUUAACGAUUGUUAUGGCAGAAGCCACAUUGAAGCCUGAAAUCGCAGCUGCUAGUGCUAAGCAAGCUAUGGCAAUGAUGACUGAGCAAAUAAAUAAGGUUGUUGGAGAACCAUGCAAAGCUGAAGCUAUUAAGAUUUUGGAACUGCCUCUCAAGUCAUUGGUGGCUGUUUUAACAGAGAAACCCAACAUUUUAUUGGAGACUGUUAAAAAUAUUGCUAGCAAAAUUACCCAUUCGCAGCAAGUACUUGUAGAAGAUCCUGUUAAAGCAAUUGAAGCUGCCUUGGGGCAAAUUAAAUCCGAGGAUAUAUUGAUAAAACUAGAAGAACCUAUAAAAAACCUGGAAGGCGAACUCAAUCUAGAUGAGCCUCAAUUGAAGCCAAUAAUUAAAAGAUUAAAGCAAACUAUUGAAAAUAUAAUUCAUGAAACAUCUCAAAAGAAUAUCGCUGAAGUCUUUGAAGCACCAUUGAAAAGUUUAACAGCUACUUUAACUCAAAACGAAAUCAGAUGUUUACUAGAAAAUCUACAAAAAGUCCCUGAGUUUUUAAAACCAGAAGAUGAUACCAUUGAAGUUGCUUUGGAGGAGGCUUCAAAAUUAACAAAAGAUUUAUCGGAAUUUGAAGCACAACAAAUUGAAGCUGUUAAUGUGGCAUUAAAUAAUUUGAGUCAAAGUGAAGAAGUUGCUGUAACAACAGAGGCUUUGAGUGUAGUAAAAAAAACAGUUGAAGAAACAAGUUUUUCUGAAGCUCAAAAUCUUAAAGUCUUGGAGGCACCUUUGAAGCAACUGGCAGCUUCAAUAAGUCGAAUUGAAGAACCUCUGAAAUUAUUGGAAACAGUUAAAAAUGUUAGUGAAGCAGUUAAAUUUAUAGCUGAAGCUGUUUCGCAGCCACAAAGGGCUAGUUUAGAAGAAGUUGUAGCUUCAACUGAAAAAAUUGGAGUUGUUUUAGGAGAAGUGAUACAUAAUGCUUCAAGUUUAGAUGAAGCUGAGGCCUUAACUGUUAUUAACGAGCCAUUGGAAAAAUUAAAAGUUGUUUUUGUUGAAGCUAAAAAGUCUAUUGAGGUGGAGGGAGUUUUGGAAAUAAAACCAGAGUUAAAGCGAGCUUUAAGUAGCUUCAAAGAGUCUGUGGAGAUGACUUUAUUACAAACAUCUUCAAAGGCACAAGUUGUUGAAAAACCUCUUAUAGCUUUGGUGGCAUCUUUGGAAAAACUAUCAGAGACAAAAGAGGCUGUUUCUGAUUCUCAGCUACUUUUGGACAUAGUUCAUAAGGUUGCUGAUGAAUUGAAAUCUUUGAAGCAAGAAAAUAUUGAAGCAAUGCCUCAAAAAGCCAUUUCUUCGAUGCAAGAGUCUAUUGAAUCUUUUGAAGCUGAUGUUUCUAAAGCAGCUUUAUCAAGUGAAGAAAUGGAAACACUUCUACAAAUCAAAACACCAAUGGAGAAGCUUGAAACAAUACUUGUUGAAACUAAAGCGGCUGCAUUGAAACCAGAAGUACUUGAGAAAAAGAAGCCCGAGCUGAAAAAGGCAAUUAUUAGCUUGAAGAUGACUGUAGACAAAAUUGUAGCUACUUCUCAUUCAGCCCAGGUAGCCAAACUUCUAGAAAAACCUUUGGCAGCCUUAGUAGCAUCUGUAGAGGAAAUAGCAGAGAAACCUGCUUCAAAAUUACUCUUGGAGACUGUCCACAAUGUCGCCAACGAAUUACAAACUCUCAACCAACAAAAUAUUGAAGCUAUGCCUCAAAAAGCCAUAUUAUCAAUGCAAAAGUCUAUUCAAGCUCUUGAAGCAUCUCUAACUGAUGUUUCUGAAGCAGUUUUAUCAAGUGAAGAAGUGGAAACCCUUUUAGAAGCUAAAACGCCGAUGGAAAAACUUGAAGCAAUACUUGUUGAAACUAAACAGGCUGCUUUGAAGCCAGAAGUACUGGAGCAAAAGAUGCCAGAGUUGAAGCAGGCAAUUAUUAGCUUGAAGAUGACUGUAGACAAAAUUGUAGCGACUUCUCAUUCAGCCCAGGUAGCCAAAAUUCUAGAAAAACCUUUGGCAGCCUUAGUAGCCUCUGUAGAGGAAAUAGCAGAGAAACCUGCUUCAAAAUUACUCUUGGAGACUGUCCACAAUGUCGCCAACGAAUUACAAAUUCUCAACCAACAAAAUAUUGAAGCUAUGCCUCAAAAAGCCAUUUUAUCAAUGCAAAAGUCUAUUCAAGCUCUUGAAGCAUCUCUUACUGAUGUUUCUGAAGCAGUUUUAUCAAGUGAAGAAGUGGAAACCCUUUUAGAAAUUAAAACACCAAUAGAAAAACUUGAAGCAAUACUUCUUGAAACCAAAGAGGCUGCAUUGAAGCCAAAAGUACUGGAGCAAAAGAAGCCCGAGCUGAAGCAGGCAAUUAUUAGCUUGAAGAUGACUGUAGACAAAAUCGUAGCAACUUCUCAUUCAACCCAGGUAGCCAGAAUUCUAGAAAAACCUCUGGCAACCUUAGUAGCAUCUGUAGAGGAAAUAGCAGCGAAACCUGAUUCAAAAUUACUCUUGGAGACUGUCCACAAUGUCGCCAACGAAUUACAAACUCUCAACCAACAAAAUAUUGAAGCUAUGCCUCAAAAAGCCAUAUUAUCAUUGCAAGAGUCUAUCCAAGGUCUUGAAGCAUCUCUUACUGAUGUUUCUGAAGCAGUUUUAUCAAGGGAAGAAGUGGAAACCCUUUUAGAAGUUAAAACACCAAUGGAAAAACUUAAAGCAAUACUUGUUGAAACUAAACAGGCUGCUUUGAAGCCAGAAGUACUCGAGCAGAAAAAGCCCGAAUUGAAGCAGGCAAUCAUCAACUUGAAGAUGACUGUAGACAAAAUCGUAGCGACUUCUCAUUCAGCCCAGGUAGCCAGAAUUCUAGAAAAACCUUUGGCAGCCUUAGUAGCAUCUGUAGAAGAAAUAGCUGUGCCCAAAUUAAAGAAAUCUGCUUCAAAAUUACUCUUGGAGACUGUCCACAAUGUCGCCAAUGAAUUACAAAAUCUUAACCAACAAAAUAUUGAAGCUAUGCCUCAAAAAGCCAUUUUAUCAAUACAAGAGUCUAUUAAAACUCUUGAAGCAUCCCUCACUGAUGUUUCUGAAGCAGCUUUAUCAACUGUAGAAGAAGAAACUCUUUUAGAAAUUAAAGCACCAAUGGAGAAACUUCAAGCAAUACUUGUUGAAACUGAAGAGGCUGCUUUGAAGCCAGAAGUACUCGAACAAAGGAAACCUGAACUGAAGCAGGCGAUUAUUAGCUUGAAAAUGACUGUAGACAAAAUCGUAGCCACUUCUCAUUCAGCCCAGGUAGCCAGAAUUCUAGAAAAACCUUUGGCAGCCUUAGUAGCAUCUGUAGAAGAAAUAGCUGUGCCCAAAUUAAAGAAAUCUGCUUCAAAAUUACUCUUGGAGACUGUCCACAAUGUCGCCAAUGAAUUACAAACUCUCAACCAACAAAAUAUUGAAGCUAUGCCUCAAAAAGCCAUAUUAUCGAUGCAAGAGUCUAUUCAAGCUCUUGAAACAUCCCUCAUAGAUGUUUCUGAAGCAGCUUUAUCAAAUGUAGAAGAGGAAACUCUUUUAGAAAUUAAAACACCAAUUGAAAAUCUUGAAGCAAUACUUGUUGAAACUAAAGAGGCUGCAUUGCAGCCAGAAGUUCUUGAACAAAGGAAACCUGAAUUGAAGCAGGCAAUUACUAGCUUGAAAGUGACUGUAGACAAAAUUAUAUCGACUCCUCCUACAGCGCAAGUAGCUAAAAUUCUUGAAAAACCUUUGGAAGCCUUAACAGCAUCCUUAGAAGAAAUAGCCGAGCCAAAAAAAUCAGCUCCAAAAUUACUCUUAGAAACUGUCCACAAUGUAGCUAUUGAAUUACAAACUCUCAAUCAAAAAAAUAUUGAAGCUAUGCCUCAAAAGGCCACUCUGUCAAUACAAGAAUCCAUUGAAACUCUUGAAGCAUCCCUUAAAGAUAUUUCUGAAGCACCUUUGUCAAGUUUAGAAGCUGAAACUCUAUUAGAAAUGAAAGCUCCACUACAAAAACUUGAAGCAAUACUUGUUGAAACUGACGAAGCUGCUUUGAAGUCAGAAACUAUUGAACAAAAAAGACCCGAGUUGAAGCAGGCAUUGAAUAGCAUAAAGGAGACUCUAGAAAAAAUUGUAGUAGCGUCUCCCACAGCCCAAGUGGCAAAUAUUCUUGAAAAACCUUUGGCAGCCUUGAUAGCAUCUGUAGACUUGAUAUCCGAACCAAAAAAAGAUGAAAGUGCUUCAAAACUGCUUUUGCAAUCGCUCCAAAACGUCUCCAAUAAACUAGAAUCCUUAAAGCAAGAAAAUAUUGAAGUUAUUCCGCAACAUGCUACAGAAUCCAUUAAAGCCCUUGAAGUAUCCCUCACCAAUAUUUCUAAAGCACCUUUAUCAAUUGCAGAAGCUGAAACCCUUAUAAAAAUCAAAGUACCAAUAGAAAAACUUGAAGCAAUUCUCACUGAAACCAUUCACAAACCUGAAACACUGAAAUCAGAGCUUCAACAAGCCGCAACUUUGAUCAACCAACUUGCUUUGAAGAGUCAACAAUUGCAAAUACUUGAAGUCCAUCUACACACCUUGGCAGCAGCUCUACAACAAAAAGACGACAAAUACUCACAGACAAUCAAAAACUUGAAAAUGCCCGUAAGCCAAAUGCUGGAAGAAGCCAACAUUAUCCACUCCAAAGUGAAACUUUUACCUGAAAAUCUACAACAACUUUGUAAUCUACAAGCUCCUCUACAACAGCUCCACCAAGCUCUGGAUUUCGCAGACAAACAAUGCAAAGAUGAAACAAUAACGCCAAACGUAGAAGAAACUUUAAACAGCUUGAUACCUCCAAUGGAAACAUUGCUCAUUGAAUCUGUCAAAAUUAAUUCGCUUAUUGAUCAAAAUUUAGGCGAAAUAGAUUUGAAAAGUCUACAAAAAUCAUUCAAAAAUCUACAAAAAACUUUGGAAAACUCCCUUUUACUUCCUGUAGAAAAUCAACUACUUGAAGCUCUUCUGGUAGCUCUACACGACUUCAACCAAGCAGUUUCCCAAAUUGCAGCUUCACUUUGCAGCUCAAUAGAACUUCAACAACAACAGAAAAUUGAAAACAUUCUAGCCCCACUUACUACUAUUAAAACUGAGCUUCAAAAUCUACAAGCAUCAAAACUCCAACAACCAAUACUAUCUUUAUUAGCAACUGAACCUACUCUUGAUUCAUUAAUUGAACAACUAAUAAACACUGACAAUUUUCAUCUUGCAGAAGCAUUAUUAACUGAAGCUAAACAGCCUUUAGAUGAGCUCGCAGCUGUUUUGCAGCUAAUCAAAUCAAACUCAGAACAACCAGAAAUCUUAAUUUUAGAAAGGCCCAAGAUAUGUGGAACAAUCAAAUCGGUCAUAGCAUUUAUAGAGCAUGCUAAUUUUGAAGCUAAGUUUGCACCAUUGAAAUUCGAAACUGUACUGAGUAGUUUUAAAGACAAAUUAACUGAAGCUGCUUCAGAAUUUAAUAAAACUAGAAAUGAUUUCAAGGCUUUGAGUAAUUUGAGAGUAAGUUUGGAAAACUUUGUUAAAAAAACCAAAGCUGUAUUGAAGUUUGAAGCAUUAUUUGAUCCAAUAGAAAUGCUUUUGGAAAAUUUGAGUUUAAUGGAAGAUAUUGGGGAUAAUACUAGUGACUUCAAUGAGGAUUAUGCUGCAAUGGUUACUAGUUUGGGAGAUAAGCUCACUAGCUUUUCACUUUAUUUGGAAGAUAUCCAAGACAUGGAAAUUGUUGAUAUGUUAAAAGAUACCAAAGCAAAUAUUCAUAAAAUAACCACUGCAGUUUCUUUGAAUGAAAAAAUGGAAAUCCUAAAUCAGUCUUUAACUAUUCUUAAUGGCAGUGUUGAUGAUUUGAUCAAAUAUCAUUUCAAAGUGGCUGUAGAGAAGCGCAAUGACUUCCAAGUUGGUAAAAAUCUAGGAAAACUAGUCAAGGAUCUUAAUGGCAGCUUAUUCAGAGAUACUUUUUUGCAUAGAGCUACUAAGCACUUGACUAAGCUCAAUGAGAAACUUGAUUCAUCUACUAAAAGUUUAUUGAAGAACGUAGAUCAAUUUUUGCCAGAAGAUUUAGAUAAAAAUGCUUCUGAAUUAAAGCUGGAUUCACUAGAAGCUUUAAAAGAAAUUGUUAAAAAUAUCAAGUCUGAAGCAGAUAUUAUUGCUCAUAAAGGUGGUUUGAAACAGACUUUGAAGAAAGUUGAUAAUGAUUUAGGUGAAGCAGUUAUUAUUAUACAACAGUCAGCACUAUUGAAAGAUGCUGUCAAAGAUUUGACUGUUCUACGAGAAUGUUUUAAAAGCAUCGUAAAAGAUAUUGAUGAAUUGGGUGAUGAAGAACAGGAAGUUUUGAUUAUUGAUGAUAGUGCUGAUGAUAUUGAAUUGAUAAUGAAGCCAGAAGAUGAUGGAAAAGCACUUGAAUCGGAGCUGGAACAAGAAAAAGGAAAGGAGGAAGCUGUUGAUGAAAAAGAUGAUGCUGAAGCUAAGCACGGAGCUAAAGAGGAAGCUGAAGAAAGGAGGCAAGCAGAUGACACUAAAAAGCAAAAAUCAGACGACGCAAAAGACAAGGAGGAAGCUGAUGCUAGCGAAAAGAAAGAAACACGAGAAUCCGAAGUAAAAGCGAAAAAAGAAAAACAAGACGCUGGAGCUGAAGCAGAAAAAGCGAAAGAAGAGGCCGAAGCUAAAGCCGACAAAAAGAAAGAAGAAGAAGAUAUAACUAAAACAGAGAAAGAGGUUCAGCAACCUAAAAUCAAGAAAAAGAAAGAGGUUGCAGAAGCCAAAACCAAGAAAGAAAAAGAAGAAUCCGAAACCAGAGCGGCGAAAGAAAAAGAAGAGGCUAGAGCUAAAGCUGACAAAGAAAACGAAGAAGCAGAAGCCAUGCCUAAAAAACAAAAGGAGGAUGCUGAAGCUAAAGCUGAGAAAGAAAAAGAAGGCGCUGAAGCUAAAAUCAAAAAAGAGAAAGAGGACGCAGAAGCCAAAACUAAGAAAGAAAAAAAGGAAUUCGAAGCAAAAGCAAUGAGAGAAAAAGAAGAGGCCAAAGCUAAAGCCGACAAGGAAAAAGCAGCAGAAGCUAUAAAUAGAAAAGAAAAAGAGGAUGCUGAGGCUAAGGCUAAGAAAGAAAAAGAGGAAGUAGAGACCAAAGCUAAAAAAGAAAUGGAGGACAUUGCAAUUAAAGCUAAGGCUGAAAAGCAGAAAUCAGAAGACGAAGCUAAAGUCGAGAAAGAAAAGGAGGAAGCUAAAGCUAGAGCUGAAAAAGAAAAAGGAGAACUCGAAGCAACUGUAAAGAAAGAAAAAGAGGAGGCUGAAGCUGAAAUCAAGAAAGAGAAAGAGGAUGCAGAAGCCAAAACUAAGAAAGAAAAAAAAGAAUCCGAAGCAAAAGCCAAGAAAGAAAAAGAAGAAGCUGAAUUGAAAGCUAAGAAAGAGAAAGAGGAGGCUGAAGCUAAAGCCAAGAAAGAAAAAGAAGCCGUAGAAGCCAAAGCUAAAAAAGAGAAAGAUGAUGCAGAAGCCAAAACUAAGAAAGAAAAAGAAGAGGCUAAGGCUUUAGCCAAGAAAGAAAAAGAAGAAGCCGAAUUGAAAGCUAAGAAAGAAAAAGAGGAGUCUGAAGCUAAAGCCAAGAAAGAGAAAGAGACAGCAAAAGUCAAAGCUGAAAAAGAGAAAGAGGAUGCAGAAGCCAAAACUAAGAAAGAAAAAGAAGAAUCCGAAGCAAAAGCCAAGAAAGACAAAGAAGAAGCUGAAUUGAAAGCUAAGAAAGAAAAAGAGGAGGCUGAAGCUAAAACCAAGAAAGAAAAAGAGGCAGCGGAAGCCAAAGCUAAAAAAGAGAAAGAGGAUGCACAAGCCAAAACUGAGAAAGAAAAAGAAGAGGCUAAGGCUUUAGCCAAGAAAGAAAAAGAAGAAGCCGAAUUGAAAGCUAAGAAAGAAAAAGAGGAGUCUGAAGCUAAAGCCAAGAAAGAGAAAGAGAUAGCAAAAGUCAAAGCUGAAAAAGAGAAAGAGGAUGCAGAAGCCAAAACUAAGAAAGAAAAAGAAGAAUCCGAAGCAAGAGUCAAGAAAGAAAAAGAAGAAGCUGAAUUGAAAGCUAAGAAAGAGAAAGAGGAGGCUGAAGCUAAAGCCAAGAAAGAAAAAGAAACCGCAGAAGCCAAAGCUAAAAAAGAGAAAGAUGAUGCAGAAGCCAAAACUAAGAAAGAAAAAGAAGAAUCCGAAGCAAAAGCCAAGAAAGAAAAAGAAGAAGCUAAAUUGAAAGCUAAGAAAGAAAAAGAGGAGGCUGAAGCUAAAGCCAAGAGAGAAAAAGAGGUCGCAGAAGCCAAAUCUAAAAAAGAGAAAGAGGAUGCAGAAGCCAAAACUAAGAAAGAAAAAGAAGAAUCCGAAGCAAAAGCCAAAAAAGAGAAAGAAGAAGCUGGAUUGAAAGCUAAAAAAGAAAAAGAGGAGGCUGAAGCUAAGAUCAAGAAAGAAAAAGAGGCAGCAGAAACCAAAGCUAAAAAAGAGAAAGAGGAUGCAGAAGCCAAAACUAAGAAAGAAAAAGAAGAAGCUGAAUUAAAAGCUAAGAAAGAAAAAGAGGAAGCGGAAACUAAAGCGAAGAAAGAUAAAGAGACAGCAGAAGCCAAAGCUAAAAAAGAGAAAGCGGAAGCUGAAGACAAAGUCAAGAAAGAAAGAGAGGAAGCUCAAGCUAAAGCCAAGAAAGAAAAGGACGAAGCAGCAGCUAAAGUCAAAAAAGAAAAAGAGGAGGCAGAAGCUAAAGCACAGAAAGACAAAGAAGAAUCUGAAGCUAAAGCAAAGAAAGAAAAAGCUGAAGCUAAAGCUAAAGCAGAAAAAGAAGAAUCCGAAAUAAAAGCAAAGAAAGAGAAACAGGAGGUUGAAGCUAAAGCCAAGAAAGAAAAAGAGGAAGCUCAAGCUAAAGCCAAGAAAGAAAAGGACGAAGCAGCAGCUAAAAUCGAAAAAGAAAAAAAGGAGGCAGAAGCUAAAGCACAGAAAGACAAAGAAGAAUCUGAAGCUAAAGCAAAAAAAGAAAAAGCUGAAGCUAAAGCUAAAGCAGAAAAAGAAGAAUCGGAAAUAAAAGCAAAGAAAGAGAAACAGGAGGCUGAAGCUAAAGCCAAGAAAGAAAAAGAGGAAGCUCAAGCUAAAGCCAAGAAAGAAAAGGAUGAAGCAGCAGCUAUAGUCAAAAAAGAAAAAGAGGAGGCAGAAGCUAAAGCACAGAAAGACAAAGAAGAAUCUGAAGCUAAAGCAAAGAAAGAAAAAGCUGAAGCUAAAGCUAAAGCAGAAAAAGAAGAAUCCGAAAUAAAAGCAAAGAAAGAGAAACAGGAGGCUGAAGCUAAAGCCAAGAAAGAAAAAGAGGAAGCUCAAGCUAAAGCCAAGAAAGAAAAGGAUGAAGCAGCAGCUAUAGUCAAAAAAGAAAAAGAGGAGGCAGAAGCUAAAGUACAGAAAGACAAAGAAGAAUCUGAAGCUAAAGCAAAGAAAGAAAAAGCUGAAGCUAAAGCUAAAGCAGAAAAAGAAGAAUCCGAAAUAAAAGCAAAGAAAGAGAAACAGGAGGCUGAAGCUAAAGCCAAGAAAGAAAAAGAGGAAGCUCAAGCUAAAGCCAAGAAAGAAAAGGAUGAAGCAGCAGCUAUAGUCAAAAAAGAAAAAGAGGAGGCAGAAGCUAAAGUACAGAAAGACAAAGAAGAAUCUGAAGCUAAAGCAAAGAAAGAAAAAGCUGAAGCUAAAGCUAAAGCAGAAAAAGAAGAAUCCGAAAUAAAAGCAAAGAAAGAGAAACAGGAGGCUGAAGCUAAAGCCAAGAAAGAAAAAGAGGAAGCUCAAGCUAAAGCCAAGAAAGAAAAGGAUGAAGCAGCAGCUAUAGUCAAAAAAGAAAAAGAGGAGGCAGAAGCUAAAGUACAGAAAGACAAAGAAGAAUCUGAAGCUAAAGCAAAGAAAGAAAAAGCUGAAGCUAAAGCUAAAGCAGAAAAAGAAGAAUCCGAAAUAAAAGCAAAGAAAGAGAAACAGGAGGCUCAAGCUAAAGCCAAGAAAGAAAAAAACGAAGCAGCAGCUAAAGUCAAAAAACAAAAAGAGGAGGCAGAGGCUAAAGCACAAAAAGAAAAAGAUGCAACAGCAGCUAAAGUCAAAAAAGAAAAAGAAGAGGCAGAAGCUAAAGCACAGAAAGAAAAAGAAGAUUCUGAAGUAAAAUCAAAGAAAGAAAAAGCUGAAGGUAAAGCCAAAAAAGAAAAAGAAGAAUCCGCAGUCAAAACAAAAAAAGAAAAAGAGGAAGCUAAAGUCAAAAGAGAAACAGAGGAAGCAGAAGCUAAAGCCAAAAAAGAAAAAGAGGAGGCAGAGGCUAAAGUACAAAAAGAAAAAGACGAAUCUGAACUAAAAGCAAAGGAUGAAAAAGCUGAAGCUAAAGCCGUAAAAGAAAAGGAAAAAUCCGGGCUGAAAGCAAAAAAAGAAUCAGAGGAAGCAGCAGCUAAAGUGAAAAGACAAAAAGAGGACACAGAACAGAAAGAAAAACAAGAAUCUGAAGUAAAGGCAAAGAAAGAAAAAGACAAGGCUGACGCUAAAGCCAUAAAAGAAAGAGAGGGAGCCGAAGCCAAGAAGGAAAAAGAUGGUGCAGAAACCAAAGCUAAGAACGGAAAGGAAGAUGCUGAAACCAGAGCCAAGAGAAAAAAAUCAACAAAUGGAGAAGCAAAAACAGACAAAGCAAAAAUCAAAGAGGAAAUCAUCAGAACCCAAUAUGAAGAUACACCCAAAGAAAAUGGCAGAGAAGGGGAAGUAGAAUACAAAUCAGACAUACAAAUAGACACUACAAUCUACGCCACUGAGUCAGAAAGAAUAUUAACAAAAUUCACUGGAAAAGACAGUUUCGAAGCUGACGAAGACUUAUUCAAACCCACUGCUUAUCACGGCCCAAGACACAUUGGUAAGAAACCCAUUUUCACUACCGACUUAUCAGACCGCAGCUGCGCGUCCAAUACUCGAGUGAAGCUGACUUGCAGCGUCAUAAGCGAGAGCGAAAUGCUAAUAGCCUGGCUCAAAGAUAGAAAUAACUUAGAAGGAAAUUCAAACUAUUAUCAAGCAUUUGACAAUAAUGUAGCAACUUUAGAAAUCCUUAAUGUAGUCAGCAAAGAUGCUGGCAGCUAUAGCUGCGUAGCACGGAACGAGCAUGGAUCAAGUAGCACUUCUUGUCAGCUAACAGUAACUGACAGCUUUGAAACUUUACCAGUAACACCCACUUUCACUCGAGCCAUUAAGGAAAGCUAUAAGGCUUCCAACGAAGAAGCUAUUUUGGAAUGCAGAAUCAGAUGCCAUCCAGCACCGACCUUAAAAUGGUAUAAAGAUAAUGAGGAACUUAUGGGUGAUAAAUAUAGUCAGGUUUACUUAGCUGAUGGUAUAGCUAGAUUGACUAUAGCUACAGCUGAUAAAAAUGACAGUGGAAGGUACACUUGCAGAGCUGAGAGUGGGGAUUGGUUCGAUCAGGUGUCUUAUGAGUUCCAGUUUAAGAGUAAAGAUGACUCUAUUAGACGAAGGAUUAAGCAAAGAGAAUCGAGCUCUAGCUAUAGUUCUAGACCACCAACACUUCUUACCAAUGGUAGUUCAAAUGUACAAUCUGCAACCAUAUCCAGAAGACCAUAUUUUUCUGGAGUACUAACAGAUGCUUUGGUACCACAUGGCGGAGUUAUGGCUUUGCAGGUUCAAGUCAAAGGGCAUCCAGCUGAAGUAUCUUGGUACAAAGACAAACAAAAACUGGCUAAGACUUCAGCAAGACACCAGACAUUCGUUGAAAGAGAUAUCCAUACCUUACUAAUUCCUAAUAUCAAUGAAUAUGAAGCUGGAAAGUAUAUUUGCAGAGCUGCAAACACGCAAGGCAAAGUUGAAACCUAUGCUUAUGUCCAAGUGAUACAUCCUUCUAAAGUGAGAGAUGGUAAGCCUGCGAUGUUUUUAUCCAGGCCUGAUAAAUACCUUAGGCUCACUGAAGGUGAAGACAUUAAUGUUUCGUUUAGAUAUACUGGAGAUCCAAAACCAAAAAUAACUUGGAUGAAAGGUCUCACAGACAUCACAGAUAGCCUGCGUUCAAUGAAAUGGACAUCAGAUGAUUAUGUGAGAUUGACUCUUAAAAGAGCUACGCUAGAUGAUACUGGAACUUAUUGCAUAAUGGCUAAAAAUAAAAUAGGGUGUGACAGAGCCUUUUUCACAGUAAGAUUAAGAGAAAGGGCAAGAUCUCUUACCCCUAACCUGGAACCUACUCAAAAUAUUUUGGACGAUAUUCCAUCCUACAGAGAGAGACUUUACAGAAAAGAUGUUCCUGGCCCAAUCACUUCAGAGCCACUAAUCAAAGACUCUGGAAGAAACUGGGUGUCUUUGUCCUGGUCCAAACCAGAUCAAACCAGCAUAGCUCCAGUGCUAGCUUACCGGGUAGACGCCUGGCAUAAAGGCAGCGAUGGAGGAGCUAAAUGGAACACUUUGGGGAUGAGCGGGCUGACAAGCUUCGAUGCUUUCAAUUUAGUCACUGGAGGAGAGUAUCAGUUUAGGAUCACACCAAGAAAUAGGUACGGAUGGGGAGAAAGCGUAGUGAGUGCAGCUUUCACUGUUGGCAAGCCCCAAGAGAUGCCAGAAUUUACUAGGAUAUUGCCUGGACAAAUGAAAGUGUUAGUGGGUUCUGAGAUUUCGUUGGAAUGUGAAGUGAAAGGUGAACCUUUCCCUCAAAUCCGUUGGCUUAAAGACUCAAACGAAAUCUUCCCAGAAGACAACAAUCGUUAUACUAUGACCAAUAAAAAUGCAGUUUGUUUAUUAACAAUCCAAAACGUCCAGGAAGCUGAUACAGGCAAGUUCAUGUGCGAAGCCGUCAAUAAAGCUGGAAGAGUUUCAACAUUUGCCAGACUGAGUGUUGUGGAAGAUUCAAAACUACUACUAGCAGACAGAAAUUUAAGAUUAUUUCUAAGAGAUUUCGACCACACAAAAGACUUACCACCAAACUUUACGAUGCGCCUAAGAGACCGCAGAGUGCAAAUGACUUACCCUGUAAGACUCACCUGUCAAAUAGCAGGUUGCCCUGAACCCGAAAUCAAAUGGUUCAAAGACGGUCAACUUAUACAACCAUCCAGUCGCAUUUUGGCUUCGUCAGAUGACUCCUUCCACACUCUGGAAAUUGAUAAAACUACUCUGGAAGAUUCUGGAGUGUACUCUGUGUCAGCUACUAAUAAGUUUGGUUCGAUUUCGUGCAAAUGCCAUCUAAUAGCGGAUAAAGGCAUCAAAGCGUACAUUCCUCCAAAUUUCAGCACUCAAUUGGAACCUUCACAUUGUGAAGCCAAUGCUGGAGGUGAACUAAGGUUGAGUGCCAGAGUUGAAGCUUAUCCUAGUGUAGGAGUAAUGUGGUAUAAAGACGGGUGUCGUUUGAGGCCCUCAAGACACUCGGUGAUGACUCUAUCCUACGAUGGUAGAGUUGAAUUGGCUAUUGGACAAGUAACCGAUAAAGACCAAGGAGUCUACACUUGUGUGGCAACUAAUGUUGUUGGCAGAGCUGAAACUUGCGCUACUGUAGUUGUUUUGGGCAAAGUUGGCCACGUAGAAGAAGUUGUGCCUAAAGAAGACAUUCCAUAUUCUAAAGAACCAAAGUUCGUGAAGAAACCAUUGAAUACUGUUGCGUAUGAAGGUGACAAUGUUACAAUACUUUGUGAGGUUGUAGGAGAUCCUAAGCCAGAAGUGGUUUGGUUGAGGGAUUUUUUAAAGGCUGAUUACUACAAAGACGCUGCCCAUUUCCACAGAAUCGCCAACGGGCCCGAAUAUCGUCUGGAAAUUCCGAAUGUUAAGCUUGAUUUCACCGGAACUUAUACCGUUUACGCUAAAAACACUCAUGGAGAUGCCAAGUCCAUAAUUUCUUUGCAAAUCAAAGUCAAAGAUCUAUCCAACAUGGACCAAAAUCAAAACAAAAUAAGUGACGUCCAAAAAUUACCAAGAAUCGUCGAAGACCUCAAAGAUCUAAGAUGUUGCGAUGGUGAUUCGGUUACCCUAGAAUGCAGUUUUGCCAGAAACAAACCUCCAUUAGAUAUUAGAUGGGAAAAAGAUGGAAAAAUUGUUCGAUUGGGAGACGACUUCACUUCCAACUUCGACGGAGAAACAGCAAAAUUGACUAUAUCCGAAGCCUAUCCAGAAGACGAAGGCGAAUAUUCCUGUAUCGCUUUCAACGAUUUGGGCAAAGCUGUAACAUCAGCAUGCUUGAUAGUUGACUUGCCAGAAGAAAAAGAAAACCUACUAAACGCCCAACUCAAACGACCUCCGAGCCUAUUCUCAGGAGGCUCCACUCCAAUAUCUACACCUAGAACUACACCAAACAGAAGCUUAUCGCCUAGAAGACGCGAUCCAAUAUCAAUAGAAUCUAGAUGUAGACGCAUUAGAGCUGCUGCUCCAAAAUUUUACGCUUUUCCACACAAUAGAAUUGCCGAAGAAGGCGAAACUGUCAGAUUCCAAUGCGCUGUGGCCGGACAUCCGGAUCCGUGGGUGAAAUGGUACAAAAACGACGAAGAAAUAAUUCCCUCCAGUAGACUAACUAUAAAAGAAAAAGACGAUUUACGUACUUUGGAAAUUAAAGAUGUGACAACUGCUGAUACUGCUAUUUAUAAAGUCGUAUUGGAAAAUGAUGUUGGAAGAGUUGAGGCUUCGGCCAGGCUUGAUGUUAUAGCUCACAGGACUCACAGUACUUCUGGUAUAAGAGCUAGAAGCUUAUCGCCAAAACCGGCUUAUAAUGGUAAUUUUUUGAGUGCUUCGGCUAGAUAUGGCUCAAGAGCUAGAUUGUAUUGUGACGUCAAAGCCACCCCUACACCCUAUCUAAAGUGGUACAAAGAUGACAUUCCUUUGGAGAAUAGUGAUAAAUAUUUGAGCUCCUAUAAUGAAGAGGUAGCUUCAUUGGAAAUUGAAGAUGUUAAUUUUGAAGAUCAAGGCGUUUAUACUUGUGUUGCUGGAAAUAAAUAUGGAACAGGACAAACUGCGAUGUUUUUGACAAUAGAACAAGCACCAAAGAUAAGUGAGCAUUUGCCAGAAACUGUACUGUCUAAUGAAGGUAGUGCUGUAACUUUAAAACUAAAAAUUGACGGUUCUAAGCACAUGGAUAUACUAUGGAUGAAAGAUGGUUGUCUUUUGCCAGAUUGUAAGGAAUUCAGGCAAGAUUUUGAUGAAGACAGCGGCGUUGCCUUGUUGAUCAUCAAAGAUCCUUACUGUGAAGAUUCUGGCAGAUACAGUUGUGAAGCUUAUAAUGUUUUUGGUGAAGCUAACAGUCAGUGUAACCUAAAAGUAAUUGAAGCAAAUUCCUUGGAGUUUGUCAAAAGCCCGUCGUCAUUGAUAGCAGAAAAGGGCGGUAUAGCGUCGUUUUGCGCUAAAAUCAUCCACCGAGAACCGAUUAGGAUUAAUUGGGAGAUAAACGGUGUUGGAAUCGAGCCUUGCGGAAAAUAUAAGGUAGAGGAAGAUCAACAAACGUACCAAGAAGGAACGCACGCCGUCAUCACCACGGGAAUUCUUCACAUACUCGAUACCUGCAGUUCGGUUUUAGUACGAUGCGUCGCACAGUCGCGUACUGAGAGUACCACUAGCAGCAGCAUCAAUCCGGUCCGGAGCGGUACCGCGAGUUUAGUGGUCGUAGAUCGCAGCCUGGUGGACGCCGUGUCCAUGGGUUUUGGGGCUGAAGCUGACGACGACGAGCUUCAAGUGGUACCAGCCAGUGAAAUUUUCGAAAAUAUGUCGGCUACAGUGGAUUUUGUGCACUCGUUAAAGGAAAAUGUACCAGCCGAGGAACCUGCCAAGUUGGUUAGAGGACCUCAGGAUACGACGGCCCUUGUUGGCGAUAGGGUUUUGCUUAAGGCUACUUAUCUUGGAAAGCCGGAACCACUUGUUAGAUGGACUAGAGCGGGUAAAGAACUGAAAAACGACGAACGCACUAGCAUCACCUCGGGUGAUGGAGUUUCUUGUCUUCUCUUGCAAAACAUCACAACUGACGAUAGUGGCAAAUAUGACGUUACUGUUGAAAAUGAUUUCGGAUUGGAUUGCCAUUUCGCUUCGGUAUCCGUAGAAGGUCCUCCAGAUCCACCAAGUGGUACUCCAACUAUAACAACCGACACAGAUACGGUAACGGUAGCUUGGAGCAGUUCCCCAUACGACGGAGGCAAAAAAGUCCAAAGCUACGCUGUAGAGUACACUCUGUUCGGUAGCGAUAUUUGGACGACAGCUGUAGACGAUUGUACGUACCUGAGUCACGUGAUUGGCGGUCUACAGCCGGGAGGUCGGUACGUUUUCAGGGUGCGAGCCUGCAACGAGAUCGGAUGGAGCAGGCCGAGCCUCGAAUCUGAUAUCGUACAGCUAGAGGAACACAACGAAUGUUCUUCGUUCGAGCACCGUCUCGUCGUAACAGAACCAGGACCAGAAUUCAAAGCCCGAUACGAAGUACAAGAAGAACUGGGCAAAGGCCGAUUCGGUGUCGUCCAUAAAGUCGUCGACAAAACCACAAAUCAAAAACUUGCCGCCAAAUUCAUACGAUGUAGAACGCAAAAGGACAAAGACAAGGUCCAAAAAGAAAUCGAUAUAAUGAAUCUCCUCCAUCACCAGAAACUCCUGCAAUUAGCCGCAGCGUUCGAAAACCCCAAAGAAACUAUCAUGGUAAUGGAAUACAUAUCUGGAGGUGAACUAUUCGAACGAGUAGUUGCGGACGAUUUUACUCUGACAGAAAAAGACUGUAUAUUGUUUAUGAGGCAAAUUUGCGAAGGCGUUGCCUACAUGCACACUCAAAACAUCGUCCAUUUGGAUUUGAAGCCUGAGAACAUCAUGUGCCACACCAGGACUUCGCACGAAAUUAAAAUAAUUGACUUUGGAUUGGCACAAACGAUCGACCCUGAUGUGCCUGUGAGGGUACUUUUCGGUACCCCUGAGUUUAUACCUCCGGAAAUUAUCGGCUACGAUUCGAUUGGGGUGGAAUCCGACAUGUGGUCUUUGGGAGUUAUUUGCUAUGUAUUGCUUUCUGGAUUGUCGCCGUUCAUGGGUGACACUGAUUCUGAAACUUUUGCCAACAUCACCGAAGGAGCUUAUGACUUUGAAGAUGAAGCUUUCAAUACUGUGUCGCAAGACGCUAGGGAUUUCAUUGAGGCUCUUUUAGUCAAAACAAAAGAGAAACGCCUCUCAGCCGAACAAUGCUUGAAACACGUCUGGUUAGAUCCAGACAACCAUCAGGAAACUGUGGUUUUAUCCACUGAUAAGCUGAAAAAGUUUAUUAUUAGAAGAAAGUGGCAGAAAACUGGUAACGCUAUACGCGCCCUUGGCAGAAUGGCAACUUUGUCAGCUAGCAGACGUAAUAGCGCCAACUCGAACCCAACAACUCCAAGAGCUUCUAUAUCUGGAAGUUUGGUGCCGCGCAUGAGCAGCCUGGAAGAAGAAAAACUCCUCAAAAAAGUCGAAAGUGCCCGAAUUAUAACCGAUUCAUUUGAUGAGAAUGAUGAAAAUACGAAAAACAAUUUAAUCAAUCAAGACGAAUCACAAUUUGAUAGUUACAAUAGUCAUAAGAAUGUAAAUUUAAAUGAAUCUCACCAAAGACUAGCAUCAACAGAUUCGGUUGAAACAUCUGACGAUAUACUCACUCAACUUCCUGAUUCUGAGCAAACUUACAGAACCAAAAAAGAAGUUAGAGCGAGAGCUUGCAGCGAACGUAGCGAUAGUGGAAUAAGUGAUUGUUCCACUCACACUCAUAUGACUUCAAAUAGUUGUAAUUCCACUCCGUUAUUGGGCAAAAAGUUUCAAAUUAAUGAAGAGGAAACCUACGUAUCUUCAACAAGUAUUAAUUUGAGAGCACAUAAAGAUGCUUCUAGGGGAAGUUCUGAAGAAAGCGAUUUAAGUAAAAGCAGUGAUGACUUUAGAAAUGGGUUAGUCAAGAAGUUUAACGGAGGAUUAGGAAGUAAAAUUGACAAUUUUAAUGCUACAUUAACUGCUAAGAGUAAACCGCAAUCGUCAGAGAGCCUGAAACGUCUCACCAUCUACUCGUCCAGAACCGUUCAAGGUACCAUAAAAAAAUUCGACCACCAAAAAGAAGAUUCUUCACCUAUUUUAGACAAACCUCCAUUAAAUUUAGCUCAAAAAACCUACAACCAAUCGCCAAUUUUAUCCAGGAAACCAAAAACUGACACCCCUCAACCAAAAAUCACUGUUCAACGGUCGCUUAGUGCGGCUAGUGAAGCUUCAACCAAAAACCGCCCGUCCAAAAUCGACCACUUUGUUCAAAAAUUGGAAAAAAAUCACGACGAUGGCGUUUUUACUACAGCCAAGCCUACAAUAAGAUACAGAAGCCCUUCGCCCAGUCUCCUAAAGAAAACUCAAGCGGUCAUCAACAAAGAAAUGUCCAACGAAGGUUUUAGGGCUAAACACAAUCUUAGUAAUGGCAACAGUAAAACAAUGAGAAGUAAAGGCAACAGCGAAUGUUUCCAGAAAGCUGCAGCAUUUUGGAACAGUCCCAAAACUUAAAAGACUAUUGUUUGUUAUAUUUAUUGUAGUAAAAAAGAUACUCUAUUUUUGUGUUACCCUUUUUAAUUACUAUAUUUUGUUUGACAAAUCGUAUCCUCCU